AUGGCUUUAAACGUAAAGUUUCAUCACCUGAAAAUAGAGCUAAAAGCAAUCAAAAAAGCAACCAACAACUUUACAAAUUGCAUCGGGGAAGGGGGAUUCGGGAAAGUGUACAAGGGAGAACUCAACCAUUCCGAGGGCCAUACCUUAGUUGCCAUAAAAGUUUUAGAUCGUAAAUUUGGACAAGGUGAUCCCGAGUUUUGGAAAGAGAUUAUUCUGCUUUCACACUACAGACAUCCAAAUGUUGCUUCUCUCUUGGGGUUUUGUGAUCAAGGCAAAGAAAAAAUCCUCAUAUACGAGUAUGCUUCUAGAAAUAGCCUCGACCGGUAUAUCCAUACUGAUAUAAUUACAUGGGUACAACGUCUUAAGAUAUGCAUUGGGGCAGCUCGCGGUUUAGCAUACCUUCAUGAUCCUAACGGGACCAAACAAAGAGUUUUGCACCGUGAUAUUAAAAGUUCCAACAUCUUAUUAGAUGAAAAUUGGAAAGCUAUGAUUGCCGAUUUUGGUCUGUCCAAAAUUGGCCCUGCUAACCAAGAAAACACAUUUCUUGUUUCCCAAGCUGUAGGCACAGCCGGGUAUUGUGACCCAAAUUAUAUGGCUACGGGUUUAUUAACAAAAGAGUCGGAUGUUUACUCUUUUGGUGUUGUGUUAUUUGAAGUAUUUUGUGGAAGAUUAAUGUAUGCCAAGAAUGAUACAAGUUUCUCUUUAACAAGACUGGCACGAGAUCACUACGAGCACAAGAAAAUGAUGGAUAUCAUCCAUGGAAGUAUAAAGGAUGAAAUUAAUCCUGAUUCGAUGAUUGUGUUUACAACAAUUGCUUAUCAAUGUUUGAAUGAUGAUUAUGAACAACGCCCUUUAAUGACCGAUGUCGUGGCUGACCUUGAGAUUGCGUUGCAAUUGCAAGAAAACGAAGAGCUCAUUAUCAAGGGAGAGCCUCUUAGUGUCAAACCUCAAGAGCUUCAUUUCCCAUUUGAAUUGAUGAAGGAAAUCUCAACUUCGAUGCAACUAAAGAAUAGAACAUUUAAUCACCUCGCAUUUAAGGUGAAAAGUACAAGACCGAAUACAUAUGCUGCUCUACCCCAUGCCGGGAUUUUGUUGCCUCGAGCUACUUGCCAAAUCAAAUUUACAAUGCAACCUCAAAAGGAGGAUCCUCAUCAUGACAUGAGAUGCAAUGAUAAAUUUAUGGUUCAAAGUGCAGUUGUAACUCCAGCAUUCUCACUAAAAGAUAUGACUCGAGAGAUGUUUUACAAGGGGUCAGUAAAUCAAGUAGGGGAAUGCAAAAUAGAUGUUAGUUUUGUUGCUCCUAAGCGACCAUUGCUACGACCAACAGAAGGCCCCAAAGAGGAUGUUCUUCCAACAACUUCAAUAUCCGAUGCUGGGACAGAAAAUUUAAGCAACUCUAGUACUUCAAAAUCUGAUGCCAGGACAGAAAAUUUGAGCAACUCUAAUACUUUUAAUGAGGAAUCGAGUAAUGAAGUGGAGGAAUACAAAUUGAACAUUAAAGAUGCUGAUCCAAAUCAACCAUCGUCAUCAGAAAGAGAAGCUCAGAAGAAGGGCCUCUCCGGGAGUGCCAAUUUCCGACACAUCCACAAUGAUGAGGUACCCGGUGAGAAUUCAUUCAAUGAUCAAACUCAAGAAAAUAGUAAGGGCGCGAGUAUGGGAGGGCUUCUUAGUAUCGAUCCCCACGAGCUUCAUUUUCCAUUUGAAUUGAUGAAGGAGAUCUCAAUUUCCCUGCAGCUAAAGAAUAAAACGAAUAGUCACGUAGCAUUUAAGGUGAAAACUACGCAACCAACUAAGUAUGCUGCUGAUCCAACUACUGGGAUUUUGUUGCCUAAAUCUACUAGAGAUGUUUCAUUUACAAUGCAAGCUCAAAAGGAGGCACCUCAAGACAUGGAGUGCAAUGAUAAGUGUUUGCUUCAGAGUGUAAUAGUUAAUCCAGAAUUCCUGCUAAACGAUAUCACUAAAGAGCUGGAAUCGGGUAAGCAAGUGGAGGCGUGCAUAUUAAAUGUUAGAUAUGUUGCUCCAUAUCAACCACUGUAAUCAGGAAGAGAUGCUCCGUAGCAAAAGGUCCUCCCCAAGAGUGCCAAUCUUCGACACAUCCGCUAUGAUGAGGCCGUACUUUCGUUUUGGAUGUGCUUAUUCUGUCAGAAGACUGAUCUGCAACGCAUAGCUACCGGUCAAAACUGGCAAUUCUUCAUACAAAUCAAAAGGUCUUCUACGAGUGUAAAUCUAUAUGCAAGAGAUGUAGGUUUGCGCUUAAUGAGAUGUCCCUCACUUAAGAAAGACCAAGAAACCAAGAAGCACAUCUUCCUUGAUUGUCAUUUCUCAAAGGAUCGAGUAGUUAAAGUCUAUUUCAUUUGGUGUAACCAAAACCAACGGACCUAUCUCCAACCUCAGCGACAACUUAAACUAGGCAACAACAAAAAAAGAAUUCUGCAAAUAAUGAAAGAACAGAGAAGUUGAUGGUUUAAUUUGUUCUUGACUAAAUUUACUUGGUUUUUAUUAAAAACAAAUGUACAUUGGUAAAACGGAAUUGCAUUACCAACACAAGUUUAUUGAUUUAUUUCAUUUAUACGACUACAUGAGUCAUUGUUUGUGUAGCUAUGUUCUUUAGUAUAUAAAUCAUUUAGUCUUGACAAUGGGAUCAUUCUCACUCAGAGGAAGGAAGUUUCCUCAAGAAAUGCUACGUUAUAUCUACUUUUA